AUGGCGACUUCUCCCGUCGCCGUCGUCUGUAUAGGCAUGGCCGGAUCUGGCAAAACUACCUUCAUGCAGCGCAUCAACAAUUACCUCCAUGUCAACAAGAAGAAACCCUAUGUGAUCAAUCUGGAUCCUGCUGUUAUCAACGUCCCUUUUCAGCCCAACAUCGAUAUUCGCGAUAGUAUCAACUACAAAGAAGUCAUGAAGCAGUACAAUCUCGGCCCGAAUGGCGGCAUUCUGACAUCUCUAAACCUAUUCGCAACAAAGAUUGAUCAGAUCAUCACUCUGCUUGAAAAGCGAGCAAGUCCAGCGCCCGAUAGCAAAGUGCCGCCACCGAAACAUUUCUUGGUUGAUACGCCGGGCCAGAUCGAAGUCUUCGUGUGGUCGGCGUCAGGCAGUAUUCUCCUCGAGUCGCUUGCAUCCUCCUUCCCUACGGUCAUUGCCUACAUCAUCGACACGCCCCGUACCUCCUCCACAUCAACAUUCAUGUCCAACAUGCUCUACGCGUGCUCGAUCCUGUACAAGACAAAGCUGCCCAUGAUUCUCGUGUUCAACAAGACGGAUGUGCAGGACGCAGAAUUUGCAAGAGAAUGGAUGACCGAUUUCGACAAAUUCCAGGAAGCUCUCAAUGAAGAGCAAAAGAAAGGGGUCUUUGGUGGCGAGGGCACCGGGGGAGGGAGCGGCUACAUGGCCAGCCUUCUCAAUAGCAUGAGUCUUAUGCUGGAAGAGUUCUACUCCCAUCUGAACAUGGUGGCGGUCUCGAGCAUGACCGGCGAGGGCGUCGAUGAAUUUUUUGAGGCUGUUGAGGAGAAGCGGAAGGAGUUCGAACGGGACUACCGGCCUGAGCUGGAGAAGAGACGGAAAGAUCGCGAGAAGGAGAGCGCCGAGAAACGAGAAAAUGACUUGACGAAAGUUAUGAAAGAUAUGAAAAUGGAUUCCAGCUCAAAGUCUGGCGACAAGGCAUCCUUGAAGGAAGAGUCUGACAAUGACGACGGCGAUGAAGAGCUUGUCGAUGCAGACGAUUUCCCUGAUGCGGAACGAGACGACGACGAGGAAGGCUUGAAGGAACGAUACAAGAACGCCUUGCGCGAACAAGGCAUUCAAGUCGAUGACGAUGAUCCGACCGUAGCACGAAUGCUGGCACAGACACGGCGAGCGGGAUGA